UAGAGAGGAAAAUGAUGAUGUUAUGGUUUGAGAAAAACAUGGUGUCCAUAAUAUGUGAAAUAGAAGGUGUUAGCGAAAGAGUGUAGUUAUUAUUUUGCGAGAAUGGAUCAUAAGGAAGAAGACUUUAGCACACUUGAUUUAGCCGAUGAUGCUGAACUUGAAUUAGAUGAUGUCAAUAUAUUUGAUGAUGCUCUGUUAAAUGACUUUUUUUCACCAUGGCCCAGUAGCUCUCUGGAUAAAAUGAUUGAUCAUACUUGUACAGAUGUCGCUUCAUUUGACAAAGUUAAAACAAUUUCAGAAGAAUUUCCAUCAAGUAAUUCAGCAAGAAGUACAAAUGAAAAUAAUAUGUUAGGAAUACAAGAAAUGGAAGUGUUAGAGAAUAGUUUUCCAGUGAAUGUACAAGCAUUUAAGCAAGACACACAAGAAUCUGAACUUAAGAGAUUAUUAACAAGACCAAGCCAUGUUGGAGUGAAGCAAGAACUUUCACAAGUGAAACUGUUACUUAAGGAUAAUGAGAAGACUUCUCAAAUAAUGGCAACAACCACACCAGGUCAACCAGUAUCCAUAAUGCCAGCUUUAACUUCUCAACCACAAAAAAUUCUUAUUUCACCUCAAUCUUUGCCAUCAACUCUAAAGAUUUGUCCAAUAUUUUCAAAGCCAGUAGAAGAGAAACAGCCAACUAUGUUUAGUACAGUAACUACACAUAAACCUUCCAUUCAAGAAAUUUCACCAUCUAAACAAUUGACGGUCCCUCAGACUCAAAUACCAGUUGUUCUUAAUUCUUCACCAACACCAUCCAUGAUGCCUCAUCAAUUUCAACUUGUAUUUGAACAACCAAUGUCUUCAAAUGUUGUAGUGUCAGCUGGUGGUCCUUCAACAUGUGCUGCAGUUAUGCCUGUUGCUCUUCCACCUAAAAUUGAAAAACGAGCGCAUAAUGCUAUUGAAAAGAAAUACAGAACUAGCAUUAAUGAUAAAAUAAAAGAUUUGAAAAAUCUGCUUUUUGGCACAGAUGCCAAGAUUCAAAAAUCAGGAGUUUUAAAGAAGGCUAUUGACCAUAUCAAGCAACUUCGUACAAUCAACCAUCGUUUGAGUCAAGAAAACACCUCAUUUAAAUUGAAAUUACAGCAACUGGGGAAGUUAAAACCUGUGAAGGAAUACGAGAAAGAUGUUAACGAAGUGUUGUGCAAUCCUUUGACACCUGAAAGUUUGUCAGACAUCAAGAGUUCUAGUAGUCCAAUUUCAUCUCCUGAAGAUUUGACACAAGAUGAAAAUUUCCCAAUGUUUGACAGAACUCGUCUUGUCAUGUGUAUUGUUAUGAUGUCAUUUUUUGUAUUUGAUCCUUUCCAUUUGAUAUUUUCAUGGCAACCAGGUAAAGAGGCAAUGUUUCACAACAAAAGAAAUUUGUAUGAUUAUUGUUUUAAUUAUUCUUUUGAUAUUUCUCAAACAUCCAAAUUAUCGAUGGUCAUUUCUCUUAUUGCUUUUCUUUUUCGUACAAUCGCUAUAAUGUUCAUAUUUUUCAAGUUGUUUGUCUUUGGUGAACCAUCUUGGCGACCUGAUUCAAAUAGCGCUGCAAAUUUUCGGUUUUAUAAAAAACAAGGGAAUCUCGCAAUAUUGAAGGGUGAGUAUGUUGAAGGAAGCAAAAUCUUGGUUCGAUGUCUUGAGAUAUCUGGACGACCUUUGCCAACAUCUCGACUUGAUAUGACUUGUAGUUUACUUUGGAAUAUCUUCAGGCAAAUUGUUCAUCGUUUCUCUUUUCUAAGAUGGCUGUCAACGUUGCAAAAAUGUUCAUCUUUUGUUGAAAACGACUUAAAAUAUCGUCAGGAAUCAGCAAAGCAAGCAGCGUUAGUUUAUCAUCAACUUCAUCAACUUUAUCUUUCUGGUUUAGUUCCAGUCAGUGAAUGUUUAUCAACUGUUGUUUCAUUAAAUGCUGUGAACACUGCUGAUAUUGCGACAAAAUGUUUGAGUGAAGAAGAUCGCGUUGAAAUAUUUAUUGAUUGUGCUAUCCAGUUAAGAUCGACGCUACCAAGGAAUCUCCAAUUUCUUGCUCGUUAUUUCUUGGUCCGUGCUCGUAAAUUAUGUCGUGGUCAAAGUUUAACAUUACCAUAUCCAUGUUGGUGGUUAUUCACACCUGUUGGUCAUCGUUUUUUUGUCAGCAAUCAUUGGAGUUGUAAAAUGGAAUCAAAUAUGUGGAAUGUGGCCAAUCCAAGUUAUAAGAAACCAUUGGAAAGACUAACGCACAAAUUUUGCGAAUUCCUGUUGGAACAAGCUUUGUCUUCAUUAAUGUUAUCGAAGGAUUCUAAUGAGUAUCAUACUGAUUCGUUGAAUUCUGAGGGUAGUCGUGCUCUUGAUUUGCUUCAUACAAUGACGGAAUGCGUGCAAAAUUCCAGGAAGUCUAGAAGUGAAGGAACUGCCAGGAAUGUUAAAGUGUUUGAUGAAGUGGUAGCAUGGCGUUCAAGAGAUCAUAUAGGAUGUUGGUGGACAGCUGUGGGUAAAGUUGCUACAUAUUGGUUAAUUGGUGACAUUAACAAUGCACAACAACAUACAAGCGAUCCAUUGGGGAAAGCAUUAUUGAUGUCAUUUAUGGCAAAAUCAAGGAUCUCCGAUAGAAAUAUAGAUGAAAUUUUGGAUUAUUGUGAUGAAGGUAGUGCUUUACUUAAAGAAAGUCUCGCGUAUUCCUCCCUCUUUCCUCAAAGUAAAUUACUAAAGUUGAUGCAUUUACUUUGUUGUGAUUGGCUACUAUCAACUCGUGCUGAUCUUUGGGAGAGAACGAAAUUGAAUGAUCAUAAAGUUGAUCGUGUGGAAGGUUUUUAUAAAGAUUUGAAAAGUUUACAAAAGAUUGCUUCAUAUCUUCCUGAUGUCAUGAAUAAGGUUUGCAUUUACCAAGCAACUUACAGAAUAAUGAUGGGAGCUAAUCCAAUGAAGACUAAAAGAUUAUUGCAGAAAGGUAUUCAAGAUGGAAGAACUGAUAUUGAUAAAAAUAUCUCAAAAUACAGUGUUUCUGCAAAAAAAGAUCGUGCUGUUGCAUUGGCAUUAGCAAGUGGUCACCUGCCAACGUCAUUGUUUUGUAACAAUGCAGAACGGGAAAACAUGAUGGUACAAGCCGUGGAUUGUUUUCAGAAGUUUGGGGAGAAAGCAAAGAUUGCCCGAUGUCGUAAAAUAAUCACAAGUUUUUGAUUUGGCCUGAUUACGUGUAGUUAAAGUUUUAGAGAGUAAUGUAGCGUUGUGAGAUAGAUAAUUAAAUACUUAAUACAUGUAAUAUUUCUACUCUGUAGUAGAAAAAGUAUAAUCACUGUAAAUAGUUAAGUAACAAACAUCAAUAAACUGUUCGCCCCAAUGUUAA